AUGAGAUUACAAUUACUCGAUACACAAGUGGAGACUGACGUCCCUCGAACAACUGUAGGACCAGCUGGGGAUCAUGGUUCAGUUGAAAUGCAGGAGCUUUACGAAACACUCAACAUCUUAGCAGGUGGCAUUGAGACAUUGAACAAUGAUGGACAACGUUUCAGCAAUGAAUCACUUCAAUCUGAUGCACAAUCUGAACGACAAACAUCAAUCUACUCUCCACCAUUCUAUUCAUCACCUACUGGCUAUAAAAUGCGGGCACGUUUAUAUCUCAAUGGUGAUGGAAAUGCUCGUCGUACACAUAUGUCACUCUUUUUUGUGCUUAUGAGAAGUUUGAACGAUCCAAUUCUCAAAUUUCCAUUCAACUAUAAAGUCACAUUUUGUAUGUAUGAUCAGACUCCAGCACAACGACAUAUUAUCGAUUCCUUCCGACCAGACAUUAGAUCGAAUAGUUUUCAACGACCA